AUGGAAGUGCCAAAAAAGAAGUUUCCCCUUGAUGCAAAGGAUUACAAGCUAUAUGAGGAAGUUGGUGAAGGAGUCAGUGCUUCAGUGUAUAGGGCACUUUGUGUUCCAUUGAAUGAGAUAGUCGCGAUAAAGGUUCUUGAUUUGGAAAAAUGUAAUAAUGACCUGGAUGGAAUCCGACGCGAAGUACAGACAAUGAGCUUGAUCAAUCAUCCGAAUUUAUUAAGGGCAUAUUGCUCUUUCACAACAGGCCAUAGUCUGUGGGUUGUUAUGCCAUAUAUGGCUGGGGGAUCGUGUCUUCACAUAAUGAAAUCAUCUUUUGCAGAAGGUUUUGAAGAGCCUGUUAUUGCUACAUUGUUGAGAGAGGUUCUUAAAGCUUUGAUUUAUCUUCAUGCUCAUGGCCAUAUUCAUAGGGAUGUGAAAGCAGGGAACAUAUUAGUUGAUUAUAAUGGUUCCAUUAAGUUAGCAGAUUUUGGAGUUUCUGCAUGCAUGUUUGAUGCUGGUGAUCGACAACGUUCAAGAAAUACAUUUGUGGGAACUCCUUGUUGGAUGGCACCUGAAGUUAUGCAGCAAUUGCAUGGAUACGACUUCAAAGCAGACAUCUGGUCAUUUGGAAUCACAGCACUAGAGCUAGCUCAUGGACAUGCACCCUUUUCCAAGUAUCCACCAAUGAAAGUUUUGCUUAUGACUCUGCAAAAUGCACCACCGGGUCUCGAUUAUGAAAGGGACAAGAAAUUUUCAAAGUCUUUUAAAGAAAUGGUGGCUGCUUGUUUAGUGAAAGACCCAAAGAAACGUCCCUCUUCUGAGAAGCUAUUGAAGCAUCCUUUCUUUAAACAUGCAAAAACAGCUGAUUAUUUGGAACGUACUAUUCUUGAUGGACUUUCUCCCUUAGGUGAUCGGUUUAGGAUGCUAAAGGCCAAAGAAGCCGAUCUUAUUGUACAGAACAAGGAUUUAUAUGGAGAUAAGGAACAGUUAUCACAGCAAGAGUAUAUACGAGGAAUUAGCGCGUGGAACUUUAACUUGGAGGAUUUAAAGAAUCAGGCUGCACUUAUCAAUGACUUGGAUGAAAUUUCAAAUGUAGAAGACCCGAAAACUACAGAGCAACAAAAUGGAGUCAAUGGUGUUACAUUACCACCAGAAGAGUUGCCCCCUGAGAUAGAUAAUAAUAAUAAUAAUCAUUCAGAUGCUAAAACAGGUGAUGAGAUUCCUAUUUUGGAGAAUUCAUUAGCAUCAUUUCCAAUAGAGCCUCUUCAAGCACUCGAGGGAUGUUUUGAUGUCUGUGAGGAUGACGUGGCGACUGUUAGCCCAACUGGACAAGAUGAGAAUCCAUUAAGCCCUGUAAAGCUGCCAUUAAAAACUAAGGACCAAGAAACCGAAACAAGCGAAAAUGUUGUAGUAAAAAAGUCUUUACAGAGAAUUACUAUCACUGGGUCGAAAAAAUUUAUGAGUGGUUCAUUACUACCUGACAAUGUUCUUUCUCCUAAUAAGUUAGUUGCCAAUGGUGAAAGGGAUCAUCUCCAACCGAGAUUCCGAGUUGAGCGAAAUUACAGUGGUCCAUUACAGCAUCUUCAUAAGAACAAUAUGAUAGAAGAUGUACCAGGAGCUGUGGUUCAACUUAAGGGACGUUUUAAAGUCACUGAAGCAGAUUUUACCCCAAAGGCGCCAGGUGGCAUGCCUAGUCCUCCAACUUCAACUGUACCAGUUGCCUCUCUUCUUCCAUCCUUACAAAGCAUGUUGCAGCAUAACACAUCACAAAGGGAAGAAAUACUCGGAUUAAUCAAGUCUGUGGAGCAAGCUUCUGGUUCUUCAGGCAAUCAGACAGAGCACGUGGAGACAGGAAACGGGGAUAUUUCACAAACCCCUCCUACUUUAAGGGAGAGAGAACUGCAUUCUCAGGUGAUCCAGUUACAACAAAGCAUAGAGAGUCUGGUUGAGCAAUUGCAAAGACAGAAGAUGAGAAAUGCUCAGACAUUGCUUAUCGGUGUGGAGUACAACUACUUGUUUACGUGGACCAUUUUGGAAAAAUGUAUUGACCUAACCGACUUCAUGAGUCCACAACAGAGCAACAUGGAAGGAGUAACCUAUGAAGGAGUAAGUCAGGCAAAUGGAAAUGAGGAUACCACAGAAGGUGAUCCAAAAGAUGAUGAAAAUGACAAUGUUCUAGACGUUGAAGAUUAG